CUGAAGGAACUAUUAGGAGGAGUUCCCCCACCUGGACUGUUGCACUUGACUGACCAACAGGACCAAACAGUCACCUGUGACAGUUAACGGUGUAAACGGUAGUUACGGCUCAUAUUAACUUAUUAAACACCUAAUACCGUGUUUAUACAAGUGCAAAAUGGCCAAGAUUAUAUCUCAGGGAACAUUUGACAGUGUUGUCUUAGAGAAUGUAAGAGAGUUUGAUAUGCCUCUUGAAGAAGCCAUAAAUGAUGCUGUAAAAGAAUUUGAAUCUCAGGGUGUGCUCCUGGGGAUCAUUGUUAAGAACAUGAGACUUAACGAGGAUAAAACAAGUGUUAUACACGACAUACUCAUUGCAUUAAAUAAACUUCGUUGUGGUGCAGAAGGUUCUCCUGUGUUGGAAGACAUAAAGGAACCCCUGGCCAUGUUCUCUAUCCAGUGUAAAGUCUCUGUAGCCCACCGUGUCUUGGCAAAUAACCAUGGGGCUUAUGAAGUCCUCCUUAAGCUUUUAAAAAAUGUCCAGAGAGAUCCUGCUAUGUUGGGACCUUCACUGAAAGCCAUGGUUACACUAACAGAAUCCAAUCCUGACAUUUUGACAGACGAGGGAAUAGAGUUUUUGGUGCAGCUUAUUGAAGAAUGGAAAUGUAGGUCUGAUGAUCCUACAAUUCCUGAGUAUCUGGCUUGUUGGUCCAUUGAGAGUUGUGUAAAACAUGAAGAUAACAGACAAAAUCUUGUAGCAGCCGGAGCUCUCAGUUCACUGGUGUCUUUAUUACAUGCUAAUAAGUCCAAUUCCCGAGUGAUAAAGACAACGUGUAAGGCUCUCCGAGCAUACACUCUUGAUGAUGACAUUAGACAAGAAUUUGGGAAGGCCCAUGAACAUGCAAGAAUUUUGGUUGAGGAGUAUAGUAUGAUUAGUGUGUGUCUAGAGAUGCUUAAGGACUGGCUUCACGAGAGUGAUACUGCUAGUGAGCUGCUCUACCUUGUUGGUAAACUGUGUGUGAGAGCAGAGUAUUGCCAAGAAGCUGUGAAUCAUGGGGCUCUGGCAGCCAUCAAUGAUGUCCUACUUUCAUUUCCAAAUCAUCCUAUUUUAAACAAGCAGACAAUAUCACUUCUGAAGGCAAUGGUGGGCAAUGAUAAAGUAAAAGAGGAAGCAAUGAAGUCGGGCAUUGGCCAGCUAGUAAUUGCAGCAAUGAUUAACCAUCAGUCCAUACCAAGUGUGUGUGAAGAAGGGUGUGGUGCUCUCUCCAUGUUGUCCUUACGAGUCCCUGCUCAUGCCAAGCAACUCGUUCAGGCAGGAGGUGGACAAGCUGUAAUACAAGCCAUGAAAACCCACCCUCAGAAUAAACAAGUACAGAAAUUGGGUUGCAUGGCUAUACGAAACAUGGCUUCUCGUACACAGGAGAACCGACAGCUCUUUGUGGAGUAUGGGGCAGAGGAGGUGAUCCAGACUGCACUUAAAAAUCAUGGUGAUGCAGUGAAAGAUAUGGCCAAGGCAGCUCUUAGGGAUUUGGCCCUUAAAGUAGAACUUGUGGAGCAGUGGAGGGGAACUGGCCAUGAAAUUAGCCGAUAGAAUACUCACUAAUGUGACACUUUACAUAACGUAUUGUUGGUAAUUCUACCAACAUUAUUACAUGAUAAAUCUUGGAGCUGGGGUAUUGCUAACUUGUUAAAAAUUUGGAUUUAUUGUUUGUUACAAAUGCACAGAAGAGGCAUAACCACAGUUACAAAUACAAUACUAUAUAGCAGUUUUUUACACUACUGCAACAAUAGGUUCAUUUGUUAAUAAUGACUAAUCUUUUUACUUAAAAUUUUUGAUGAACUGGGAUACUCAUUUCAGGGCUUUAAUAGAACUCUGGUAAUGUUCAAAAUUUACAUGUGGCUUUCUUAAGCUGUAGGAAAUUUUUGAUCAAUUUAAUAUAACUUACUCAAGCAAAAUAUAUAAAAUUGAGGAGCUAGUAGGAAAAUUUAAGUACUGGUAAAUCAAAGAAUGAAGCUUAUGUAUUUUAGUCAUCAUACUGUAUUUCCAGCAAAAUUUUUUUAACAUUUGUUCAUUAUAAUUUUGCUGCUUCCAUGGGGGUGCAAUAUUGUACAUAUUGUGGCCACAAUAUGUACAAUAUUGUGACUUCGUGGAAGCAGCAAAAUUAUAAUGCACAAAUGUUAAAAAAAUUUAUAACACUUCAAAUUGAUUGUACUCUCUAGGCUGGAAUAUUGCUGUACACAAAUGGCCCCUUUCAAGGCAGGAGAAAUUGCAGACCUUCAGAAUAUACAGAAAACUUUCACUGCACGUAUAAGUACCAUAAAGCACCUAAAUUACUAGGAACUGUUGAAGUCUCUUGACCUGUACUCCUUGGAAUGCAGGUGAGAAUUUUUUUUUUUUUUUUUAACAAGUCUGCCGUCUCCCACCGAGGCAGGGUGACCCAAAAAGAAAGAAAAUCCCAAAAAAGAAAAUACUUUCAUCAUCAUUCAACACUUUCACCUCACUCACACAUAAUCACUGUUUUUGCAGAGGUGCUCAGAACACAACAGUUUAGAAGCAUAUACGUAUAAAGAUACACAACAUAUCCCUCCAAACUGCUAAUAUCCCAAACCCCUCCUUUAGAGUGCAGGCAUUGUACAAGUACAAUGCCUGUGAGAAAGAUAUAUGAUAAUACUUUUUGUUUUUGUUUUGUAUUUAACAUGUCGGACGUUUUUCACCGAGGCAGGGUGACCCAAAAAGAAAGAAAAAACUUUCAUCAUCAUCAUUCAACACUUUCAAUAUCACUGUCUUUGCAGAGGCGUUCGUAUGACAGUUUAGAUGUUACUCCAAACAGCCAAUAUCCCAAACCCCUCCUUUAAAGUGCAGGCACUAUUUCCCACCUCCAGGACUCAAGCCCGGCUAACCAGAUAACAUAAUACAGUGGACCCCGGUUUACGAUAUUAUUUCAUUCCAGACGUAUGUUCAGGUGCCAUUACUGAACGAAUUUGUUCCCAUAAGGAAUAUUGUGAAUUAGAUUAGUCCAUUUCAGACCCCCAAACAUACACGUACCAACGCGCUUACUUAAACACACACAAUUGGUCGCAUUGGGAGCUGAUCGUAAACCGGGGGCCACUGUAUAUACUUGGAAAAUCCUAGAGGGACUAGUCCCAAAUCUGCACACAGAAAACACUCUCUACAAAAGCAAAAGACAUGGCAUGCAUUGCAACAACCCCUCAAUGAAAAGCAGGGGAACCAUGAGUAUGUUAAGAGACAACACAAUAAGUGUCAGGGGCUGAAGAUUGUCAAACUGCCUCCCAGUAUACACAAGACACAUAGACCCCUGGCUGUCUUGAAGAAGGAGCUGGACAGAAGCCUAAAGUCAGUACUUGACAAGCCGGGCUGUGGUUUGUACAUCGGUUUGCAUGUGACCAGCAGUAACAGCCUGGUUGAUCAGGCCCUGAUCCACCACAAGGCCUGGUUGUGGACCAGGCCAUGGGAGCAUUGAUCCUCAGAAUUCCCUCCAGGUAUUAUACUUUAGGUAUACAUUUAGGCAUAUAAAUAUAUCACCACAGAAUAUAAAUGCAUUAUCAAAACGUGCAAAAUGUGUCUGCAUUAUCUUAAAAAAUAAGUGAAAUACAAACAACUAUGGUGCUCUUAGCUUAAUAAACAUGAAAGAGGGCAACGCUCUAUAACAUAGUACAGGUACAUAGAAAUAUGUUAACUGGGUUUUCUACUUUUAAGGCGAUCUCUUUUACAUGUAUACUAGUAUUAACUGUGUGGUUUUCUCUCGUAUUUAUUUCAUUUUUUUAUAAAGUGGGGCUUUUGCUGAGCACCAGCUUUUAUAUUUUAUAUAGAUGUAUUACUGGACUCAGUAAUUCCAGGUUUCCCCAUAUAAUUAUGCAUUUAAAAUAUUUGUGUGUUUACACAUAAGGUUUUUUACUUUCAAGUCAGGCAAUUCUAGAAAUUUUUUUUUUUUUACUCGAUAGCCUUUUCAUAUCAAAAGUGGCACAGUGAUCUUAUACAUGUAAAAAAAAAAAAAAACAUUUUUUUUUUUUUUUAAUUUUGGUAUGCAGAAGAAAAAUAUAUUGGAAGGUACUGUGAUGCAUACUAUAAAAGCUAAAAAGAAAUGAUUACUUAUAAGACAACACUAAAAAAUUCUCCAUUUUGUGCAGGUUUGUUGUAUUCUAAUGCUUAUAAAGAGCAGCUAAUGCUGAGUAA